AUGGCCAAGGCUAAUGAUUUUUUCAUCCCCGGACUCAACAUACCUGGUAACACAUCUAAUAAAAUUGGGUCCAUGGUCACGCCACUAACGGUUGCUCAAAUUGGUGGACUAAACACCCUUGGCAUUUCAAUGGCACGCCUUGAUUUUGCACCAUAUGGCCUCAACCCUCCUCAUACACAUCCUAUUGGUACUGAGAUCCUCACUGUCAUGGAAGGUGCCCUCUAUGUGGGGAUUGUUACUUCCAAUCCCGACAAUCAUCUCAUAAGCAAGGUCCUAUACCAAGGAGAUGUGCUUGUGUUCCCUAUUGUGGCUAUUGCUGGGCUGAGCAGUCAGAAUCCAAUAGUAAUCAUCAUUGCAAAUGCAGUGUUUGGGUCAAAGCCACCUAUCUCUGUUGAUGUUGUCACCAAGGCCUUUCAGGUUGACAAAAAUGUGGUUUACUAUCUUCAAACUCAAUUCUAA